AUGCAGAAAAAAGAGGAUAUUGUUAAAAUUGAAUUCUGCGAACAACAUGUUUCGAGCCAACUGAAGGUAGAAGACAGUCUCGACGUCGACAUUCGAAAAAUCAAAGACGAAGACUCCGAUGACACCAAAAAAGUUCUUGAGCGGUCUGAAAUCAAGCCAGCCCUUUCAAAAUCAUCCUUUGGAAUUGUUAGUACUUCGUCCAAUGGCGUUGGCAAGACGAAUGCUUCCGCUCCUCCUCGUACAAGGACUAGACUAGUGCUAGACCAUGUUUAUAUCGACUCCUCCCAAUCAGACAAGAAAUCUAAAGAACUUCAGGAAGCGUUGGCUAGGCUCAGGGCCAUGCGAAAUCCGAAACUGAAAAUUAAGAAGAAGGACGAAUAUGAAUUACCUCUGAAUCCAAACACACUUCUUACGCUCCUCGAUCAAAUGAAACCUUAUGCAGUCACAAUUGCAGAGCUUGAGCGUUCUGUUACUGUCUCAAGAGAGUUCAUGAAUAGUGUCUUUGGAGGAGGAACACGAAAAUCUUUCGUAAAAGUUCGUUUGGAGAAAUUCAAAGAGCACGGAUACAAUGAUUUCGCGUACCUCACUACAGAAGUGGACUCACUUGCUCCAAGUCUGGCCGGGCAGCCAGGGCUGUUUUUCUCCACUCGGGAAGCAUUUGACCAUGAAUAUACACCUGUUUGGAUGAAGGAACCUUAUAUCUUCCGCGUCUUCACCCGGCUUGAAUCCAGUCGUUGGCUUUAUCAAGGUCAAUACAAAUUUGCCCAUUGUAAGACCCUCACUGCGAAAGAAUGGGGUGAACAAGGUGAAAAGGUGCAGAAUACUUGGGCGCAGAAUAUCGCACAAUAUCGCUGGGGAGCUGAUGUUCGUGGUCGGAUAGCAUACAGAGAACAAUUUGACAGAGAUCCUUCUGCUGCACAAUUAAAGGAGAUGCUGAUGGAAGAAGCAACGAAAAAGACAGCAGCAUUCCCACACAUCACUAAAGAGAAAGUCCUGUCAGCAUUUCAGAAAGGGAAGGAGCGUAUGGUGAUUUGGAAAAUGGAAUGUGUUGGAUACGACGAGGGCUUUCAACGACGCAUUGCUGCAGAGUUCAGGGCAUGGGAACUUGGUCAGAACCUCACGCACAAGUACGAGGACAUAAACCCUGUCACAUUGAAUCAAAAAGUGGAGACUGGGGUACGGCAACGCUACAUGAAAAACAUCCCUCAACGCACUAAGAUGGGAACCAAAAAGAGAGGGGAACAAGAAGAAGUUGUUCAAUAUGUUCCUCGAGGGACCAGAUCGCGCCCCCUACAGAGUUCUUAA